CUUCAUGCUUCCUCAAGCCACACAUUCAGAACUAAGGGGCUUUCUCUUCUCUUACACUUUCAGUAUUAACAUGGCUAGUAGCAGUUCAUUUCUAGCCACUUCCUUUAUCUUCUUCACUCUCUUGAUCAGAUUCGCGGCCGCCCAAAUGGUGCCCGCGGUGUUUGUUUUUGGUGACUCCCUUGUAGAUGUUGGUAACAACAACCAUCUUCCUGUCUCUAUUGCCAAAGCAAAUUUUCCUCACAACGGUGUCGAUUUCCCUAACAAGAAAGCUACUGGAAGGUUUAGCAAUGGCAAGAAUGCUGCAGAUUUUCUUGCUGAGAAAGUGGGCUUGCCUACUUCACCACCAUAUUUAUCGGUGUCAUCCAAGAAUACUUCCGCCUUUAUGACCGGUGUUAGCUUUGCUUCCGGUGGUGCCGGUAUCUUCAACGGCACUGAUCAAUCUCUGGGCCAAUCCAUACCAUUGACGAAACAAGUAGGUUACUAUGAAUCAGUGUAUGGACAAUUGGUGCAAAAUCUGGGAGCUUCUGCUGCACAAAAUCUGUUGUCUAAGUCCCUUUUUGCUAUAGUCAUUGGUAGCAAUGACAUCUUCGGUUACUCCAACUCCACCGACCCCAAGAAGGGCAGCCCUCAGGAAUAUGUGGAUUUGAUGACUCUCACACUCAAACAAUUAAUUAUGAGGAUAUAUGGUCAUGGCGGACGUAAGUUUUUCAUUUCUGGGGUGGGGCCAAUUGGAUGCUGUCCAUCAAGAAGGCAUAAGGACAAAACAGGAGCUUGCAAUGAAGAUAUUAAUUCCAUAGCAGUUUUAUAUAAUCAAAAGCUAAAAUCAAUGUUGCAGGAAUUGAAUUCAGAGCUUCAGGGUGUAUCUUACUCCUAUUUUGACACUUACACCAGCUUGGGUAACAUCAUCCAAAGUCCAGCCACAUAUGGGUUUGUAGAGGUGAAAUCUGCCUGCUGUGGGCUAGGGACACUAAAAGCACAGGUGCCAUGUUUACCAAUAGCGACCUAUUGCUCAAACAGAAGGGAUCAUGUCUUCUGGGAUCUAUUUCACCCGAUAGAAGCAGCUGCUCGAAUUAUUGUGGAUACCCUUUUUGACGGUCCAUCACAAUAUACAUCGCCAAUGAAUGUGAGGCAGCUGCUCGCUGUUUAAUUAAUUACUGACAAUACAUACGUACAAGACAUGCCAGGCGUUUGUGUUGUUGUUUACACUUUGUACUGAAAUAUGAUGACAGAUAGGUAGAAAUCAUACAUAUGUAUGUAGGGAAGGUCCUUGGGAGGUGAUGCUCUUGCCAUUUUUAGGUUAAAGGGUGAUGUACAAUGCAAAGAGAAUUACUUUUUCCUGGAAUAAAAUGGUAAUUUUGGAAAUAAGCAGUUUAGAUUUA